CAUGACGGAUUUUAACGAUCUCUAAACGGGCACCUGCUCCUUCCGGUUUCCUCCAUAUAUGGAAGUUUCCGGAGUAUCCACGGGUAACACGGUAGUUUACAAUAUGUCGGACGUGUAGAACUUUAAACCUAUAGAUUUUGUGAUAGUCACUCUAAACUUUCGUACUACUGGAUAAUAAAAAGUGAAAAUGGCCACAGCAAUAGUUGAAAGGCCUGUCUUGGCCGACUCCAAUUUUAAAACACGUCCACCAUUUCAGUCUUAUUUACAAGUAGAUUCAAAUGCUGGUGGAAAUACCGUGCAACAAAUAGUAAACCAUAGGCGGAUCCGACAGAUGAAAUUCCCCGCCCUGACCGGCAGGGCUGAUGUCGACUCCUUUAAAGACUUCCCUGCCAAGGAUAUCGGAUUCAAACGCUGGAAUGAUGAAGGCGACUUCCGGUCCAAUGCGCCUUACAGGGACUAUGACAAUAUUGUGGAUCCGGUCUCGGGGUUCGUCUCGGCCGGUGGGGACGUGGACAGGGUCACCGGACAUAAGAAAAUUAAACCCCUAGCUCAGCUGAACGACGUCCCGCAGUGUGCCCCUCCACAAAGUAAGAACUCGGACAGGAAAACUUUUGAGAAAGCCCCUCCCGAGUUACGACGCUCCAAUACGUAUGAGCCCGGGGCCCCGUCCUUCUGGAACAGUAGAAAGACAUCGGAUGAGUGGAUCAAAUCUCAGCUGGGAGGGUGGACCAGUGAUUAUGACCCCCGCAAGGACCCCCCGGAGACAACGAAAUGGAGGUCAAAGUCAGCAUUUGUCCCCAAGCCUCCGUCAGAACAGAGCAGGGACGGAAGAGACCAUCUCGCCCUGAAGUUUAUGUACGGCGCCUCCACGCAGAAGUCAUACGAGGAGGUACCGUGGGACAACAUGCUUCCCCCAAAACAAUGGGCACCUGUCAGUACCCUAGAGGAAAGGCCGGACAUGAUAUCACAGACCUACACCCUAAAAAGAUACGACCCCGCAGCUCAAGAAUGGCAGGGCACCGGAAGAUCAUGGGAUUGGUUUCAAAGGAGGCGUGGCUAUUAUAAAGAAGGACCAAUCAAUUUCUCAAGCCCUUGUCCUAGAACUCAACAUAUACCUAACUACAGUGGCUGUGUAGGAGCAGAUAACUUAGAUGAGAAAGACAAUGCCAGAGAACCUUUCAAUCCUUACACCAUCAAGAGAGUGAACAUUCCCAGAUACAGUGAGACCGGACAUCGUCCAAACAUCCCAGGUUACCAGGGCUGCACUCUGUGGCAGGGAGUGUAUGCUCCAGCUCACUCUAUGAAAGUAAUUAAUGCUCAGAGCACCACGUCAACGGUUCAUAAAUCAAUGCCAAUAUCCCCCAAUAACUCAAACCACAAGCGGGACUCUCAGAUGUCUAAGAUGGUGACCACUGUCCCUCCAUGUAAUCCCUUCAACCAGAUCAACAAACUGGAGGAGGUUCUGGAGAGUAAAAUCCAGUAAACUCUUAUUAUGACGUCACUUAUCUAUAGAGUCAAGUCCAGUAAACACUGAAUAUGAUGUCACUUAUAUAUGGCCAUCUUAAAAAAAAUGUUUUGGGUGCCCACUACCGACCGACUGGUAAAAAUUUGCUUGACUCAGACGUUCAGGAAGCAUGAAACCUCUUUUUAUGCCACCCGGAAAAUAAAUAUUCAACAUUUAAUUGAUUUUUUCCUUUAAAAAAAUUACUCAUCUAAAACCGAACCAUUUUUUUAAAAUCCUGAAUUGUAAGUUGGCAAACAAAAAUUAUUUUAAUGUUGGCCUCAGUUCAUUCUUUAUUGUUUUUGGAAGCUCAAUGUUUUAUACGGUACCUUAAAUAUUGAAUAAUGCAUAAGUAGUUACACUACGUCUAUAAUUUGUUCACUCCAAGGAGCUGGUCAUUGGGAUACAAAAACAUUUUUUGUAAAUUGAUUGUUUUUUCAGGAAUGCUAUUUUUUCCUUGUCUGUGAUAUCUGAUGUUAAUGCUAAGUCUACUGAUAACUGGUUUAGGGUCCAUGAAAUUGGCCCAUCUAUGUAUUCUGCACAUCAUUGUAAUUUUUGCAUUGCAUUAUAGGUUACUUUUAUAUUGAAACUGCCUUGUGAAUCUAAUGUCAUCUCUCUAGGAAAUGAAAAUGAGUGGAGUGUGAAUAAAAAAAAAAGCUCAAACUCUCAAUGUUCAGGACUAAUCAGUAUUAUUUUUUUUAUAAAAUGUAGACCAUAUACAAAUAAAGGUAGUAUUUUUCGUUUUGUAAAUAAAUAUUCUGUGAUAUAUUUUUUUUAAAGUUGUUAAACAUGUGUAUCCCUUUUAUAUGUUGUAAAAUGAUUGGUAUAAUUCUGCACCCUGUAACUAAAUUCCCUGUUCUUAUGAAGUGAUGCACUACAAUUAUAACUACAUCAUGUUUUGAUUUGUUGUAAGUGGGAGGUCUGUCUUUUGUUGUAUGAGAGAUUGCCCUCCUAAAUUCAAAUUCCUUUCUUUCUGUAACUGUUGAAAGAAUAAUUAGUUAUUUGUGUGCAGCUCAUAAUGAAUUCAUUAUGAGUGUAUGUGUCGGAUGUUUUUCUUUUCUUGAGUGAACUAUUUUUUUUUUCAAAAAUUUUCUUGGAUACAUGUAUGUCAGUUGAAUUUUCAAUGACUGAACUUUUUUAUGUAAUUUUUUAAGAAGAAAAUAAAUAUAUGCCAUCUU